CCCAUAUAAUUCUGGUGUGAGCCCAGACUAUAGCCCAAGUUCACCCCAAUUUAGUCCCAGUACGGGUUACUCACCAAGUCAACCUGGUUACUCACCAUCGUCAACCAGCCAGUACACUCCACAAACUAGUGACAAGGAUGAUAGAGGCACUCGCUGA